AUGACUAGAGAAAUUCUACUAAGAUUUAUAGUAUCAAGUUUUAUAACAAACAUAUCUAAAUUAGAGAUUGAUGUUGAAGAUAAGUUAAUUGAGUUGGGAUAUGACAUGGGAAAGAGAUUACUACUGGUAUCAUCUGUUGAUUUUACUAGUGAUUGUGAUGGUCUUUUGUAUUUUAUAACAUAUGAAUAUUUAUCUCUAAUAAGUAACACUAACAGACAAAUAGAAAAGAUAGUAACUGAUAACUCAAUUAAGUAUUUGUUAAUAGAAGAAGAACCUUUUUGGUCUCAAUUCAUAAAAUUUAAUAAAAAAGAUGAUUUGAAUGAUUAUAUUUGUAUUGAUGCUAUUACAGGAGGAAUAAUAAAAUCUGUUUUAAUGGCUAAAGGUUAUGAAAGUAAGGUUGUUUCUCAUAAUGUUAUUGAAGAUAAUAAAAGAAAAGUUAUUCAUCAAAUAAUAAUUGAUAAAUUCAUUAAACUAUAA